GCAGUGUGCAGAGCAGACGGCUCGAGGAGGAUCAACCUCAAGGAUCCAUCUGAAGACGCAGUGGGUCGCCCAGGAAAUCCCUUGACAGUUGAAUACUUUGACAACUCUAGUUCUUAGUUUUGAUGUUAUUUCGUUUUUUUUUCUUGUUUUAUUUUCAAGGAGAACGUUACAGACGAAAAUCUCUUCAAUAGGCUACCGGUAGAGGCUUUUGGGGGCUAUUAGUUAGGCUACUUACAGUUUUAUCGACUGGUCUUCAGAAGUGAAGAUAAAGGAAACGGAAAAGGAAAGUGUGAGGAGACGGAAGGCAAUACAUACCUUGUACAAAACAACGACCUGUAGGACUAAAAAUCUGUUCAUGUUAAUCCUAUCAAACAGAAAAUAGAAGUCUUCAGUCUAACAAAUAUGAAAUGAUAUGCAUUUCAAAGCCAGCGCACACUUAAACUGCUCUCGAAUUGGAUUUGUAGUUGACACGUUUUUUUAUAUAUAUAGUUGUAGUUUCUAUUUUUGUAUCAUUAUUUUAUUCCAAUACAUGCGGAAUAAAAUAUCUUACAAUGUGCGGAUUAAAAUAGUUGGUUUUGAUGUAACAAAGAUAUUUGCUAGGUUUAUUUGAGACAAUAAAAUAGAUAGAAUUACGACCAAAAAGAAAGUUUCAGCAAUAUAUCUAGUAGGGCUACUUAUAUCCUUCGGUAAUUGUAAUGCAAAGUUGAUGUGACAUAUAGGCUACACAAGCACUCUUGAUAUAUAGGCAUUACAUGCAUUGAAGACAUAGCAGAGACACCUGCCACUUUGUCCGGGACUUCGCGAGCUUCGAUUCCGCCACUGUUUUCUCAACAGGCUACACCAAAAAACAAUAACAGUCAAGUGACAGAACCUGAACAUAGAUCUUUUUUCCGGUUGCAAAAUGUUGUUCUCCAAAGUGGACUAUAGCAAAGUUUCGGUCAGCAAACUACAGUGAGCUAUAUGAAGAUCGCGAUACAGAUUUUCCCUCGCAGAAAUGCCAGUGCGAAUGCCAGUGCGGACCACAAGGUUCAUGUACAAGGGAAACUGCACUAUUCCAGAUAUCCUAUCAUACCGGACCCCCAUUAACCUGCCCGAGGAUGAGGUGGAAGAGAUCCGUGAGGCCUUCAAGGUGUUUGACCGAGAUGGAAACGGAUACAUCUCAAAGCAGGAGUUGGGGGUGGCUAUGCGGUCGCUGGGAUACAUGCCCAAUGAGGUGGAGCUGGAGAUUAUUAUCCAAAGGCUGGACAUGGAUGGUGAUGGCCAGGUUGACUUCGAGGAAUUUGUUGCACUGCUUGGACCUAAACUUGUUGCUGCUGGGAUGCCUGAUAAGUUCCAUGGGGCGGACUUUGACUCUGUAUUUUGGAAGUGUGACAUGUCGAAGCUGACAGUGGAUGAGCUGAAGAGGCUACUGUAUGACACCUUCUGUGACCACCUAACCAUGAAAGACAUUGAGAACAUCAUCAUGACUGAAGAGAGCCACCUGGACAGUCAAGAGUGCCAAGUGGACAUUGACACCAGCCCAACACAACAGAAGCACACAUGUGUGCGGAAGAGCCUGAUUUGUGCCUUCGCCUUUGCAUUUAUCAUCAGCGUAAUGCUUAUUGCAGCUAACCAGAUGCUUCGUAGAGGUAUGAAGUAGAAAACCCUGUCCUCUACUACCAGAAGGAUUGUUUCCUUUUUUAUCCUUUCACACUCAACCCAGUGACUAAGCAUAGACAAAUCGAACUGAUAGAAAGGAACCGAGAGAGCAUGUAAUUUUUUUCAGAGACAUAUAUUUAAUGACCAUUCUGUCCUGAGAUCCAUUUAGAGCCAAAACACAGACUGAACACCCUGAUACCAAAACUGUCAACUGGACAAAUGGAUAUAGGCCAGGAACCUGAGGAACAAAAUGUCUUGUUUACCCUUCACCAUUAGUUUCAGAUGUUCUGAAGGUUACCACCAAACACACUGUAUCAUACACAAAAAGAAAGAACAAAUACUAAGCAAUUAUACAAUCUCUUUGAUUGAACUAGGUCCCGUGUGGCUCAGUUGGUAGAGCAUGGUGUUUGCAACGCCAGGGUUGUGGGUUCGAUUCCCACAGGGGACCAGUACGGAGUAAAAAAUGUAUGAAAUGUAUGCAUUCACUACUGUAAGUUGCUCUGGAUAAGAGCGUCUGCUAAAUGACGUAAAUGUAACUCACCAUAAUGUCACCCUAUACCAUUCAUAAGGUAAUUUAUUGGCCUUCUAUUUCCUAUGAGAUAAAUGAGUAAAGCCGUAGUGUCUGUGCUCUGUUGGUAACUAUGUUGUCUGAAACAUAUCGACAUUACUAGUGUAUAUCAUGUGGCAUUACAGCCUGCCCUUGCAAAGCACGUAGCCAACGGCAUUUUUUUCUACAUACAUUUUUAUUCAACAGCACUUAAAGAACAUGUACAGUACAUACACAACAUAAAUCUACAGUACCAACGGCAGUUUCUAAAGAUAGUAUCCUACCUAUUGUAGAGAAUGAAUUUAGAAAUGUGGAGAUAUCAUUUGGGGAAUUUCGUAGACACAGAUAAUAAUAGUUAUCAUCAGCAAACCUGAGAUGCAUCUGCCAAUCUCUAUCUCUGCCAAUCUCUAUCUCUCGAGUCACUGUUCCGAUUGCUGGCUCAGCCCAAUUCUCCUUCUAAACACACAGCACAUGUACAUGUAAAUAAUACCAAGUUAUAUGAUUUGUGUACUUCCUCUGUGGUGUUUACCUCCAAAGUCAGAUGUAUUUAUUAAAAUGAUUAUGCAAAUGAUAGUUGUUAUUGCAAAAAAGUACAUCGUACAUUAACGUUUUCUGUAAAUAUUUAUAUUCUGUGAAUGUGGAGACAGUUUCAAAGGACAUUUAAACAUAUGUUUUGUUUGGCUUUUGACAUGGUCCACCAAAACAACAUUAAGCUAUUGUUUAGAUUUUUACAUGGUUCUAUUUUCUUAAUGGAAGAAGAGAUACUUUAUAUCAAAGAUCAAGAUAUCAAGAAUGCAAAUAUAUACAUUUUUUGUUUAAAUCAGGGUUCUAAUGUAUGAUUCCCAGGUUUACUGAAACUGAAAUAUCAUUCUAACACAAUUACUAAUCUGUUAAUGGCCAUGUACUUAAAAUUUUACAUUUUUCCCUUUUGUCAUAUUACUUUUUUAGAAAUCUGUUUUCUCUUUAUCAUAUAUGAAGAAUUUAACUAUCAUUGUAAUGAAAUGCUAUAUAUAUUCUCUUGCUCUUUUUAUCACAAGCUGAAUCAAGUCUGUAUCAUACCAGAAAAUAGUAUAUCAAAUAGUGAAAAAGAACAGGGCUUGCAAAAGUCUACCUUGAUGAGGUUGACAAAAUGUUGCUCGGUUAUCUGUUCAUAUAUGAGAAAUAACUAUUUGACAUUAUAUGCAUUUGUGCAAAUGUGAAAUAGCCAGUGUAAUAGACAAUACAUAAAAAAAAUAGUAAAGCAAUGAUAUUGUAUAUGACCAAUGUUACAUUGCAAUAAUGAGGAGAAUAUGUUAAUGUACAGUUUGUUGAGCGUGAUCUGAUGUUUUUUCAUAUCCCUCAAUGUGUUGUCAUAUGAAGCAGUUUUGUUCUCUAUAUGUGACUGUGAUUUUCAUCAAGUCAAACAUAGUGCAGCUCUGAUACUUUGUGCCAAACGCGGGGGAAAAUGCACAUAUCAAUCAUUUCAGAAUAACAUGUCUUAGGGAUCGAAUAUUCUUGAUAGAAACAUAACUUGCAAACAAAUGUAUUUCUUAUCAGAAAUAAAUGUCUUGCAAAUAAAAACUAACGCAAUAUACUGUAUACUGUAUGGACAUGGUGUAUAGAAAUGACCUCUCAUGUGAACCUUCAAGUGUCCUCGCACUGUCUGUUGUUGCCUUUGGUUGAACUUUCUAUGGCAUUCUUUCAGCAUCAGUAAUCUCAUCCUAUGCACUGUAAUUGCACAUAUGUACCCGUCACCACAUCAAAUAUACAUUUAUAAACAUGAUGUCUGGAUGCAUGUUGUCCAAUAAACAAACACAAACGUAA